CCUGUUCCUAUGCAGAUGCCUUCACCUGGUCGACCUGCAGGCUGUCCACCUGGACUAGAGUACCUGAUUCAGACUGACCAGGUCUUGAUCCAUCAGCGAGUUGAUGUGGCUGAAAUGGUUAUUGGCUGGGAGAUGAACAAUGUUUACACAGUAAAGAAUAGCAUGGGGCAGCAGGUGUUUGUGGCUGCAGAGGAAAAUGACAUCUUCACCAUGCAAGCAUGUGGCCCUGCUCGGCCCUUCACCAUUCAUCUUCAUGAUAACAUGGGACAGGAAGUGUUGACGCUAAUUCGCCCCCUAAGGUGUGGUUCUUGCUGCUUCCCCUGCUGCCUGCAAGAGCUGGAAGUUCAAAGCCCUCCUGGAAAUCCCAUAGGUUAUGUGGAGCAGAACUGGCACCCUUUUCUGCCAAGGUUUACCAUCUUAAAUGACAUGAAGAAACCCCAGUUGAAGAUCAAGGGGCCUUUCUGUGACUGUAGAUGCAUGUCUGAUGUGAUCUUUGGGGUGACGUCUUUGGACGAGUCAGUGGUGGUGGGCCAGAUCAGUAAGCAGUGGGGUGGGUUCAUGCAGGAAGGUUUCACAGAUGCAGAUAACUUUGGAAUCUCAUUUCCUGUGGACCUAGAAGUUAAGAUGAAGGCUGUGAUGAUAGGAGCCUGCUUCCUCAUUGAUUUCAUGUUUUUUGAGACUAAUCCACAUAACAGUAAAUAA